AUGGCAGCCGAAUCUCUGGAUGUUCUUGCCUUCAAUCAUCCCCUAUACCUGGAUUUGUUCAAAUCACAUGUCAUUCGAUUGAUUGAACUAUUACCCGGAGCUCCCGAUGACCCUAUCAUCACUCGUCUGUCGAUCCAAGAGCUGGAACAUGCGCAGGACUACGAAGCCAUAUCCUACGUAUGGGGAGAUCCGCAGAACCGAGUACCGAUAGAAUGCAACGGAAGAACACUCGAUAUUACUGUAAAUCUAGACGCUGCAUUUCGAAGAAUCAGAUACCAGGAUCGUUCAAGGCUCGUUUGGGCAGAUGCUAUAUGCGUCAACCAAGGAAACACACGAGAGCGCAGCCACCACGUGUCGUUCAUGAACAAGAUAUACAGGCAUACGAAGAGAGUGCUGGCCUGCAUAGGUAAUGAUCCCGACGGAGGGGCUGAGAACAUUGCAGCCUUAAUCAGUGAGCAUGUCGAGCGCAUGUCUGGAUAUACUUCAAUCCUAGAUAUGCCUGUGCUUGCUGCUGACGAUCCAAAAUUCGAAGACGCUCGGUGGAAGUGCUUGGGGGUACUUACGAGAUGCGACUGGUUUAGUCGCGCAUGGGUUCUGCAGGAAGUAGGCGUGGCAGCGGAUCCUCGUGUGCUUUACGGCAGCACUGAGUUCAGCUACCGGGACCUUAUGAAGCUCUUGAAAUGGAUCGUACGCUGCGCAUCAAAGCUGCAGCCAGCAGCGGGAAUCUGGAUAAGGACGAUCCAUACCGAAUGGGAAGACUGGGGAGCAGACUGGCAAGAAAAGACGAUUUACAAAUAUACGCUUCUCGAUCUCCUGAGCCAUGCCAAGGAAGUACGCUGUACGGCUGCUCAGGAUCACAUUUACGCCUUAAUUGGACACCCUCUUGCUCAAGUGGAGGAUGGCAGCGGGCCGAUUAUCAUGCCCAAUUACGAGAAAUCCGUUGCGGAGGUGUAUCAAGAGUUCACGAUAUGGAUGCUCUCAAGGCUUGGCCUUAGUGUGCUCUCCGCUGUCGAACACGACGAGCAGACCGUUAAUGAACACGUACCGUCCUGGACCGUUUGGUGA